AAGAAAAAAAAAACAAACCUGUUGGCUGGUACCAGUUGACAAUUGGAACUUGGCAUCGCACAGUUAUUUGGUCAGUACAUAAAAGUGCGCGAGCGCGUUACCACGCUUCGUCUGUGAUCUUUACACUAUAAUAUUGUUCGUUAAAUCAUUUGUCUAGUGUAAUUUUUACAUACAAUUUGAAUUUCGAAUAUUUUAAAUUGACAUUGCUAGUUUUAUUUAAUUCACAAUGUCGCGCAACGACACAGUUUUGAAUAUUGAAAGGGAUCCUAAAAAUAACACAAAGUUGGACCCUGCGAUAGUGGAAAUGGUGUUUGGAAGUCCGAAUAAACCGAAAUCUGCUGACAAUCCAGAUAAUAAUAUGCAUUUAAUAACAAACGAGAAGAGGUCAUCUGAUCCGCAUACUCCAAAUACGCUUCACAAGAGCGAAGUGGAAUCGAGUCAUCCGAGACUACCGUUAUUAGAACCGGACAAAGACAAAACAAAACCACCCAUUGCAGAGUCCGAAUUUGAUGAUAUCGACGAUGAGAGACCCGUGAAUAAUGGUCCAUACCCUGGAAUAGACGACGGCCUGCUCGAUCCUGGGGACACAAAAACAGAAGUACCAAACGAAGGUGAUGACCACCGUGCAGAGGACGGCUCACACGAGACCCACGACGACGGCGUCGGUACAGACGAUGGUAAACGGUGGCUUUUCGGUCAUGAUGAGGCUGACCAUAUAUACGGAACAAAUGGUAUUGACACGAGAUUUGGCAUCGACGAUAGACCGGGCUCUCCUUUACCCGGGGUAAUUCCGGACGUGAACACUUACCAACAGAAGAAGAACUUGGCGCAAGGCAUGAUGGACCUAGCACUAUUGUCCGCCAAUGCGAACCAGCUCCGAUACGUCAUAGAGACCGCCAAUGGACACCCUUACUACUACUCGAGUCUCACAUUCAUCACACUCAGCAUUAUAUUGCAAAUCGCCGUUGGCAUCGGCCUAAUAAUGAACAGCAGAUACAACGUCAAAGACGAGAAGGACAUCUGCAAAGCGGACAAGAUCAACAACAUGACGGUGCUGGGCGUGUUCCUCAUCACCAUUGUGAACGUGUUCAUCACCUCGUUCAGCGUCGCUCCCACCAGCACCGGGGUGGUCCCCACCGUGGCCGUCCAGUCGAAUAUACAGCAGGCCGGAUAGUGUUAAGUGGUCAUACUCGAGUGAGGUAUCUAUUUAAACCUAAGAGCACCUUAAUACACCUGGUGUAUAAAACGACAACUUGUAGAGGACGCUCAGUGCAUAACUCAAUUUUAUCGUGUUUUUGUCAUUCUCCAUUGUCUAUGGUAUUAUAUUUUUUGUAAAAGUUCCUAUCGUAUUAGAAUCAUUUACCAAAAUCUAAUACGAUAGUGGCCUGGUUAGUGCAGGACACUAGUUUUAAUGCUCAAAAGAUAUAGCUACCACAAAUUGAAAACGUAUUUUACCUUCUAAUACGAGGUUUGUCCGGAAAGUACGUAUAAAAGUUUUUUAAAAAUUUUAUUUUACAAUUAUUCAGGUAAAUCAAUUUUAUCCCCUUCAAAGUACUCCCCCUGUGACAUAAUGCACUUGUGCCAACGCCGUUUCCACUGUGAGAAGGCUCCUUGAAAGUCCUCUGGUUGUAGGUUUCUCAGCUGCCCCGUCGUAGCUUUUUUUAUCUCAUUUAUGUCCCCCAAAUGCCGCCCCCGAAGUACCAAUUUGGUUUUUGGGAACAAGAAGAAGUCACACGGGGCCAAAUCCGGCGAAUAGGGGGGUGUUCGGUCACCGUAAUGGAAUUUUUACUCAAAAACUCACGGACAACAAGAGAGGUGUGGGCAGGGGCAUUGUCGUGGUGAAGAAUCCAACGCCCCUCUCGCGCCAAUUCUGGACGAACUCGUGCCACACGAGCUUUGAGGCGUCUGAGCACAUCGACGUAGAAUUUUCCAUCAACUGUCUGGCCUGGAGGGACGAAUUCUUGAUGGACAAUCCCCCGAACAUCGAAAAAAACAAUCAACAUUGUCUUGACAUUUGAGCGGGAUUUUCUUGAUUUUUUUGUUCGUGGUUCCCCGGAUGUCUUCCACUCUUUGCUUUCACGGCCAUUCUUGCCGAGUUUCGAGAGAAACUUGAUUACGACGCGCUGCUCUUCAACGGAAGCGGGCUCCAUGCCGACGGGGUUUCGUUAAGAGGUAACUUCACAGAUGGCGUGACAAGCCAGUUCGCACCGCACGGCGGUCAGACCAGAACUGAAGCAUUGUUAGGGACAUAAGGAAGGGGUCCUGCGCUUACCUGGCCUCCCCACUCCUCUUUCUCGCAUUCCAGAACACUUUUAUACGAACUUUCCGGACAGACCUCGUAUAAUGUAAUGGAAUUUGAUUAAAAAGAGGAAAUUGCAUGUAUGUUAUGCAUUUGUAUGUAAGUAUGUACAAUUUGUGGUGUAUACAAGAUACAUACAAGCUAUUGCUUGGAGACUUAUUCUUAAUCAUGUAAAAGAAAUUCAAAUUUUGAAAAAAAAAAAACAAUCGAUUUUCAAAUAUAAUUAGUUAUAGUUUAUAAUAAUAAUAUGCUUAUGAAUGUAAUCCUAGACGUGGUAUAUAGAGGCCUUAUCGACUGUUACCGUUCUAAUGAUCUUAACACUCGACAUUCCAACAUUUUGGCAAGAGAAUCUAGCGUGUCGUGUAGCGAGCUUACCGCCAUCUUUGUUAAGUAUUUUUCAUUAUGGGAAAGUUAGCUCGACAUUUAAUUGUGCCAUCCAUGUUUUUGCUGCUAAUGGCUUCAAUUCUGAGUUGCAAUUUCUCUAAAUUUAUCUUUAAAAUGAAAAUUUCAAUUUGACAUCACAGCGACAUAUUUAUUCUAAGGACCAAUAUGAACUAAAUCUCUAAUCGAUGUAUGUGAAUAUUAUUAUAAAUUUAAAUAUUAGGUUAAGAAAUAAAGAUGGUAACGAACGAAUUCAUCCUUUCGAUAUUAUAUAUUGGAUCUGUACUGAUAUCUAUCUAUUCUUAAUAAAUCUUGAUAAUUAUAUUUUUAUGAACAAACAUAAAAUAGUUAUAAUUUUUAACGAAACAUAUGCUCUUGAAAAAGGACUGUAUAUUUUACGAAAUAAUAAGACGGUCGCUGCUAGUGGUAGAGAAAAAUAUAAUAAAGAAUCAUGACAUUGUCAGAUAUCAAAAAACAAAAUAAAAAUAUAAAAUUUAAAAAUAUUCUCUAAAAAGGUGCGUUCUGCACAAUAAUAUUAUAAAUAAUAAGAUGUAAUAUUACGAUAUAGUGUGAAUAAUGGUCAAAUAAAAUCUUAAUUAUUUUUAAUGACAUGUAAAUAUUUACACUGAAUGGAUUCGAGUAUUGUACUUAUAUACAACUGAUUCUUAUAUCUUUGCUUUCACCAUUACAAGCUAUUCAUGUUAAUUAAUAUAGAAAUAAUAAGCUAAAAGAGCUGCUAAAAUUUAGUGUAAUUAUACCAAAGUUGUACUAUAUACAUACAUAGUUGUAAGGAAUUCUAGAAUCAUGCAAAAGAACUGAUAAUAAUCUUCAAAGGGGGAUAGAUCUCACUUUAUGAAUCUUGUAAGUACUCUUUUAUUUCUAAAUAUCUAGUUACUUGCAAUCUCAAAAUGAUAAAUAUAAUAGCGAGUCAUGUUUUUUUUUAAUGAGUUUUUUUAAUGGAUGAUAAUGGAAUGCUAACCCCACCCGCGCUAUCGGUAUACACCGGCGGGGCACCAGUGAAGGAUGAUAGGUGAGGAUGAAGUAGGUCAGUUAGCCCAUCGUGACGACUUCAAUAAGAAUUGUUCACGAUGGUUUCCAGGAGGAACCACGUGGAGGUUGACCUAAUAGGGCAUAUUGCUAGCAAUGGGGCUGUCAAACUCCAUUGCUAACAAUUUCCUUUUCCCCUUUUUUAGUGAGUGAUAAUGGCAUGGUAACCCCGCCUGCGAUGAAGGAGCAAAUUUGGAUAUCGGAAUUAUCGAUUAAGUGCUCGUACUAAGCAAGUACAGUGGUCGUAAUGUUCACAAAUACGAAAUAUAUGUAUCCUAUGGGAAUAUACUUUUUGUUGUACAUUAGACAAUGUGGUUGUAAGUUAAAAUUAUUCUAAAGCUAUAAAGUUGUUCACAGACGCUCAAAUUUUGCGCAUUUAUAUAAGUAAUCAAAUUGUAUUGAAACUAAAUAAUGUUCUUUUCCCUAUUGUAAGCUACUCAUCGUUGACUUUUAGUUAAGCAAUUUCUUGUAAAUACAAAUUAUAAAAUGUACUAAGUACAAUAAAUAUUAUACUUUUUUUAACGUA